AUGGGCAAAAUCACAAAGUCCAUGCAGUCCAAGCACAAGGACACACAGUCUCCUUGGCUCAAAUCCUUUGUCGAAACUGCAUCCACGAUUGAACUUCCAUCCUUACCGAACCACCUAGCGUCUUUCCCCUCGCAAUGGCCCUUUGGUCGGGGCGAUCUUUAUCACUGGAUACCCCUUUUGAAUCGAUUUGACAGCAUUUUGGAGCAUUUUUGCAAGGUCUAUAACCUAAACGACGGGCCCCAGUCACGCGACUUCGGCACCCACAUUCUUCUCAACGAGUCUAAAUCUUCGGACUUUCGCGACGAGAGAAAGUGGAGCUUGGAAGAGCUCAUGGAGCUUGGUUUCUCUUCUGACGGAGACAGAUUGCUUAUAGAAGCUGUUCUGCGGUUUACCCGCAUGCUCCUGGAACACUGCGGAAACAGAAGCAUAUAUGCGAGUAGCGCCCACUUGAACGACCUUCUAAAUACCACGUCCCUUUCAGUCUUGAUUUCUACUCUCGAAGUUGGCUCCGAAUUGGCACAACGAUAUCAGGCAUCUGUCAAACGCAUAGCUAAUGCAUCCAGGCAAAUUAGCUCAGCUCUUCUAGCCAAUCAUUACAAUAUUGACCUUGACCGGGUACAGCAAAUUGCUCUUCCCUUCGUCAAAACACCAAGCAUCAGUCUGGGAGACCCGACGCCGUCCACGCCAGUUCCAACUAAGGGCAAGGAAAAGGGCCAUGGAUCCGGCAGUAGAAACUCUGCCACGACUCAUGCCAACGACUUGGUUGCCGUUGCUUCCUGCGAUGAAACGCGAUGGCAGGGCUGGGGCGACGUCAAGGUGCACUACUACCUUCAAGAUAGCCCUGCUGCUACCAAUGCGUCACACGAGCCUGGCCGCUCAUCAACGACGUCCACCCCAACACCUCUGCACCGCAGUCACGCAGUUGGAGGCGCCCAGCAUACUCCACGAGUUCGCAAUUUGGCAGGGGAUGACUCCUCUCCCGUCUUGCCACGGACUCCCGCCAUAGCUGAUGAACAAGCAUCAUCCGGGCAAAAGUCGUUUGAAGUGUCCAGGUCAGUCAUUACGACGACGUCAAUCUACGACCUUGUGAAACGAUGUCCUGCCGAUAUGCCGCCGACAGCAAAAUACGAGCUCUUCCAUCGCCUUCGAGUCGCGAAAGCGCUCACGGAGUCUCUCGAGUCCAGACAGAAAUUGCUUGCUACUCGGCUCCUUGCUAUUACGAACCUAGCCUAUAUUCACACCGAGUCGAGCUUUGUGGAGAAAAUACUUCGACAUGACGUCGAUGAGACGAGGCGGUAUCAACUAAUUUACCAGCUCGCAGAAUUGAUACACCCUUCUGCGGACGCCAACACGAGGAUUCCGCUUUGGCUGCAGACAUUCUCUUUGGCUCUGCUCGAGGCCAUAUCUGGCUUCAGCAGCAAAUGCCAAGAUGUCCUGUCCGCAUUGAAUGCCAAUGUCAACCACGGUAUCUUGCUGUACGUCAUUAGAAAGGCUGUGGCAGGUAUGCAAGUUGACGAUGCCGCCGAUGCCGGAUAUCAGGCCACUGAAGAAGACGACUGGCGAAACAACUUAUUCUCUCUGACACUUCACCUCUCGAUGGCUACGAGGGCUGGUAGCGAGAUGGUUUCGGCGGGUCUCAUGGAAAUUCUGGUCGAGAUACUCAACAUUCGAUCACAUGUUGCGCAGCGGCAUCAUUCCAUGGUAUUAGCCUUCUUGGACGGCCUGGUUUGGACCUAUCAGAAUGCAUUCACGUCGUUCUUUAAUGCAAAUGGCCUUGAUGCGGUAGCCCGACUUCUGGUUGAUGCCGUCGUGGAAGCCCAGGAAUCCUUGCGCUCGUCCAAGGGUGUCAGGCAGGACCAACAGUCGGCUGCUGUCGACUAUGAGAUACCAUAUUACCAGCAGCAAACCUUGAAAUGGCUAUUGAAGUUCGUUCAUCACGUCAUGACGAAUUCCUACAGCUAUGGUGGCAAUACAGAUCGAUUGCUGCGUAACCUCGCUGAAAAAUCAGAUUUGCUCCAGAGUCUCCGUGCGAUCAUGGCAAACAAACACAGUUUUGGAUCCGUGGUGUGGACAAGUUCGGUGACAAUUUUGAGCGAUUUUAUAAACAAUGAUCCCACGAGCUUCGCCGCCAUAUCGGAAUCAGGCAUGAUCAGGACAUAUUUGGAGGCAAUAACAGGAGGCCCAAUUCUGGAGCAGCAGCAAGGCGAAGAAGCAAGACAGAGCGAGCGGCAGCAAGAGGAUGAGGCAGCUGAGUCCCCCGAGAGCUCUCUAGUGGCAUCUAUCGCAGAUGAAGACGAUCGGCCUCAUCCUCCGUCUGAUGAAGAGAUCCGGAAAACACGAAGUAGCAAACCAGCUCAAGGUAUCCUUGCAUCAGCGGAGGCGAUCAACAUUGUCCCCCAAGUCCUGAACUCGAUUUGUCUGAACCACAUAGGCAUGAAGAUGGUGGUAGCUUCCAAAGCAUUUGACAGCUUCCUCGAGAUUUUCGAGAGCGCGCCGCACGUCUUUUGCAUGAAAGCGGACAAUGAGCUAGCUCCCAAUGCCGGUGCCAACUUCGAUGAGCUUGCUCGGCAUCAUCCACCCCUUCGGACAGCAAUCUCCAACGCUGUGAUUGACAUGGUCGCUCGAGUGCGUUGGCUCGGCAUCGAGAAGGGAACUGAAUCGGAUUGGGGAGCUAGACUAUACGUGGUCAAUAGCGAAGGACGCGUUGUCACUGCGCACCCUCAUGGACGUCUCUCGGAGGCCUUGACCGAGAAAUCUUCAUCCGACAAGGAAGAAGCCGACGAUAGACUAGACAUUGACAUGUCGGAUAUACCGGCUGGCCACUCCAUUUCCGAAAAGAGCAGACCCCAAAAAUUCGCCCGCCCGAAGUCGUUUACACCGUAUAUCCAUGCUCUCGCUAAUUUCUUGACUGGAUACUUGUCCAAUUCUCUCCUCAAAGCUAAUUUUGUCAAAAAGGGUGGCAUCGAAUUGUUGCUUGACCUUUGUGAAUCACCAAGCCUCGACGCAGCGUUCGGAGAUUCCAGUGCCUCAAGAGUUCUCAAUCAGGUCUUGACUCAGUUGAUCGAACACUCUCCUAUUCGUGGACUACCGUCACUUCUUCGUCGGGCUCAGUCAAAUGUUGACAUGCUGGAGCCACUAGCGUCAAAGACUGAAGCCCUACCGCCUUACUUUGGGGCCUUUUUGGUCGCAGAUCUGCAAUCCUGGAGCGAGAAUGCCGAAACUACAGAGGUUGUAUUGCGAGCCACACAAAAGAUCAAGGCGCUCUUGAAUGCGCAGACCUUUAUCAAAAUCAUAUCCGACUGCUUUACAACAUCAAGGUCCAAUUCCUUGCAGUUUUAUCCAGUCAAUGUGUACGAUUACUAUCUUAAAUUGAUUCAGUCUCUUGGUCCGCUGCUUCGUGGAGUCUUGGCUGAAGAGGCCGGCGAACUCUCUGUCGUCCCACAGCAUUGGUCAUUACGCAGACAAAGUGUAUCUGGGGCCGACAAUCCAACGGGUCGCGGAAGAUCUAGAGUAGACGAGACUUCGAUUCCGGACGUGCUGAACAGCACUACAGGUGGUUGGAGCUCUACCGGUGGAACAGAUGCGUCCCCAAUCGCUCAACCAACGGAAGAGGAACAAUCCAGUCCUCGAUUCUUGAAUUACGACAUGCUUCGCACAUUGCUACACCCUAUGAUCCCGACAUCUUUCCCCCUGUUCCAGUCUGUGGGCAAGGCACUAUUGCCAAGACGGGAGCCCAACCACCUGGACUCAUUUCCCCGCCCACGACAACUUGAAAUUGCCAUGGCCUUGGCCAAUACCGUCCUAUCUCACUUAGGCCCCUCAGUUGCGCAACCCCAGCCGACGUCCAAAGACUUUCAUUACUGGAUCAUUAUGCUUCACACCAUUCAUGAAAUGCUGAUCGACCAUCCUUCGAUCCGCCAGAGUGACAGGUCCACUGUGCAUAUUAUCAUGCCAGUGCUUCUAGCCUUCAAGGAGCAGGGUGGUCUCGAAGUGCUUAACACCAUGUUGAGGGUGUUUGCUUCCUCAGUGGAACUUGACGCAGAUAACGGCUCGGACGAGUCUUCGAGAGCUAAAGUAGCCGCGUACGGUCUAAAAAAAGUACUAGAUUUACAGUAUGUCCUCGUCAAUGGCAAGUUCCUGUCAGAAACCUCCAAUCUCUUCAACAUACAGCGGCAAGCGGAUCGAUCACAAAAUAGCCUGAACGUGUACCAGCAAAUCGUUGUCGAGUUCCGCGCUGGGAUCCUGCCCGCAAUCAUGGAGCUUUGGACUUCCAGCUUCAUCGAAAAGGUCUCGGACGCCACGAUCAAGAGGCUUCUCGAAAUUCUCAAGUCUGUCUGUGCUGCGGAUCAUGAGCCACAGUCUAUACCGAAAGACGGCAAAGCACCAUUCAAUGUCUUCAAAUAUAACGAUGUCAGGUUCAAAUGGGCCGCCUUUAGAGACGUUGCAGCUGACGCUCUAGGUUUGGGCUUUGAUGAAGAUCUCGUUCAGGAAGCGAUAUAUAGAGCCAAUGGCAAUAGCACUGCAGCCGCCGAGUAUUGCCGUGCUCACACAGAUCACCUGGCUGGGUCACGGAACCCCAUUCCCGUCGAGGAUGCCGACGCAUCUUCCCUGAAAGAAGGCUCGUCAAGGGACCCGGAUGAGCCUACAAGCGCUGCUGGUAUUUCGAACACGGACACGGUGAUGCUGGAUUCCCUGCCUGACAUAUCUUCUGCUGAUGAGAUGGUUGAGUAUGUUGAAAGGCAAAUCGAUAAUGCUCAGACCGACGACAGUUCCACCUCCGUGCCAACAGGGAAAAUCGCUAAUGUCCCAACAAUUGGUACGGAAGAUGGAUCGGUUGGUCAAGAUGUAGCCACCGGGUUUGCAGCUCUCAAGAAAAAGCUGGAUACUAUGCGAGCCGAAAUUCGUGGCAACCUCAUCGAUCAAUGUCUGGACGUCAUUCGAGCUCAUCCUGAGACUGCUAUAGACGUCUCGGAUUUGGUUUCAGCGAUUAUCUUGCGGAGACAAAAUCAUGAUGCCCAGGAGGAAGUCGCCUCAACGCUGACAUUCGCACUCUCUUCACUAGCUCUUGACGAGGAAGAGAAGCGGCGAAACGGAACGUGUAUUGCCGCGUAUGCUCACUUGCUGGCUCUUCUUCUCCAAGAUGAGAAAUUCUUUGAGCAAAACACAGAAAUACUCGCCGAUAAGGUGGACGAGUACGUUGGUUUCUUGAGAGUUCCCCUCUCGUCGGCCACUGAUGAAUUACCUCCAUGGAUACCUUACAUCCUUCUCGUGCUGGAGGUGCUUCUUUGCCAUGACGAGCGUCCCAUCCCGGUGCAGUGGAAGCCUCCAAAAUCCUUGGAUGAUUCGGUCGCUGAACCGGUCGUGCGAGCAGGACUGCCUCUUGUCGGGGACGACAACCGCCGCCAAAUCCUAGAGUCUUUGUUGAAUUUGCUGCCUCGAAUUGGAAAGGAGGAAUUGCUGGCUACUGCCGUUGUCCGGGUACUUGUCAUCUUGACGCGGAAGCGGAGCCUUGCAAAAUUAGUGGGCGAAAAGAAAAACCUGCAACGACUGUUCUUGAUGGCUAAACAACUAUCUGGAUCGGGCUCCGAGCGUCUUAAGCAGACCAGACUAACUGCUCACGUCAUUACGAUACUCCGACACGUUAUUGAGGACGAGGAAACUGUGAAGCAAAUCAUGAGCGCGGAAAUACGGGCCGACUUUCCCAAUCUACAGCGAAAUCAACGUGGUCAUCCCGAUGUUCAAUCAUACCUGCGAGCCAUGGCUCCUGUAGCCCUGCGCGCUCCUGGUUUGUUUGUUGAAGUGACCAACGAGCUUCUCAUGUUCUCCAGAUGGAUUGCCCCUUCUGGAGACUCGAGCAGACCGCAACCCUUGGCUUGGAAGGAUCAAGGAGAAGUAAAUGUCAAGGCCAUAGAAGCGAAACAACCGCCAGACGCAUCGGCCGCCGAAUGCAUAAAGUCAUCUACUGAACAGUUCGACAAUGAAAUGAUUGAUGCUGCAAAGCCGCAACAUGAUGCUAAACGCCCCGUGGUGGAGAACCCCGACGGCGUCAUUCAUUUCUUGCUGUGCGAACUGAUCAACUAUCGUGAAGUAGAUGACAAGGAGCCUGGACUUGCAACUGCGACAAACCCAGCAGAGCCUUCUGUAGUAGCAGACUCGGAAGAAGCAAGCCUCGCAGACAACUCGGCGUCUGACGCAAGGGAUAAGAAACAGACCAAGCCCGUCUUCAAGGCUGAAGAGCACCCGAUCUUUAUAUAUCGAUGUUUCCUGCUGAAUUGUUUAUCCGAGCUCCUUCAAAGCUACACACGAACCAAGGUUGAAUUCAUCAACUUCAAACGGAGUGCGCCACCUCUGUCAACCACUACACCCAUCAAGCCUAGGUCUAGCAUCUUGAAUUAUUUGAUAUACGACUUAUUGUGCCAAGGCAACCUGAAUGGCACUACAGACACCAUCGCCUCCAAGAAGAGAGCCGCAACCUCUUCGCUCACUCAGAAAGUACUCGUAGCAUUGGUAUCGAAGACGAGCGAGAAGGUUAUUGAUCGGUCUGCUGAUAAAUAUGCUUACGAUGACGAACCUGACCUGCUAUUUGUCCGAAAGUUUGUCCUGGAUACAGUUCUAAAAGCCUACGAGAAGGCUCCGCUUACCAACGAGCCGUUGGAGACACGCUAUUCUCGAAUGCAGUGCCUGGCGGAACUAAUGAGCCACAUGAUCGGAGAAAGGGACCGGGACCAAAACUCCAAUUCCAGAAGCACUGACAGCCGUCAGGCUCGUACUCAAGCCCAUCUGCGUCGUCUUAUGUAUGAAAAGGGAUAUGUCGAGAAACUGACAUCUUCCAUCGCUGAGAUUAACCUCAGUUACCCAGGCAUAAAGCGUGCUAUUAAGAAUAUACUUCGCGUUCUGAAAGUUCUGACAGGUACUGCCAAGGAGUUGAGUCAUUCCAAUAUUUUGCCAUCAGAUCUAGCAGGUGAACACAGUGACGAGGAUUUCGCAUCGUCCUCAUCCUUGUCAGACGCGGAUGAUGAUGAUAGAGAGGAGACUCCAGACUUGUAUCGAAACUCUGCACUCGGCAUGCUCGAGCCUCGAGGAGAAGAUGACGAAUCUGACGAAGGCGACGAGGAUGAUGAUGAGGAUAUGUAUGGGGAUGAGUAUGAUGACGAGAUGGAGUAUGGGGAAGAUGGCAUGUCGGACGGUGAGAAUGACAUCAGCGAUGAAGAUGAGGAACUCAGCGGCAUAGGAGAUAUCGAAGGCCUGCAUGGAGAACCUGGAGUCGUCGAAGUUAUUAUGGAUGAAGAUGACGAUGACGAUGAAGAUAGCGAAGAAGAUGACGACGAAAUGGACUCUGCCGAUAUGGAGGACCUUGAUGAUCGAGUCGAGAUUGUCGACGAAGACGGAAACCCCCUCGAAGAAGAUGGCGACUCAGGAUGGGAAAGUGAGAGUGAUGUUGAAGGAGAGGACGAUACCGAGGAAGAUGGUUUGGAUUAUGACGCAGACGUACAGGAAGAGGAAGGGGCUCAUUUACAUGGCAUGGAACCAGGCGAUCUUCUCGACAACAUGGCUAGGGCCAUGAUGGGAGACGACGGUGAUUACGAUCCAGACAUUGGACUGGACGAUCACUAUCUGGAUGAUGAUCAUGAGGACGGCGAAGAUGAUGAUGACGGAGAGGAGAUGGACGACGAAGAGUAUAUCUAUGAUGAUGAUUAUCCUGACGACGAAAUACCUCAGAUGCCGGCUUUGGGAUGGGACGGCAUGACUUCUGACGCGGACGAGAGACAUAGGCAACUCUCGUUUUUUGAAGGACAUAAUCGCCGCUCGGUUCUGACUAGGAUGGAGAACCGAAGUCCAUUCCCGACCCGUUUUGCAUCCGGGAACCACCGUGAACACCUAGACUUUCGAAGUUAUUUUUCUCGCGGUCAUCGUGCUACAGGACCACAACCGAACGCCGAGGAUGGCCUCAACCCGCUAUUGCGCCGCAGUGACCAAGCAAAUGAAACCUCCUCGCGCCAUGGCAACACUCACUCGUUGGAUUUCAGAAUUCCACAUGGCUUGCUUGGCUCGGUUCGACACAACAUGGAUGGCCCUAUGGGUCUGCUGGGAGAACUUAUGGAAUUUCUGCCAAUGAUGAGUCGCAAUGGUAACGGUCAGCAGGCUUUCCAUUUCCAUAUUACGGCACCGGGGGGCCCUCGUGAAAUGAGAGAGUUAGGCCCAACACGGUGGGUUAGAGCAGACCAACGGCGGGAUGCGACGGUCCAAGAACCGCAUCAAGCCGUGUCCUUCACGCCCGAAUCAACCUUGGAUCGCUACCAAGAGGAAGCCAGAAUGAUAUUUGGAACGAACCACACUGCUGAGGCAGCCAAACUCGGCAAUAUCAUUACCGCCCAUCUGACUCCCUCUGCUAUGAAGCUCGAGAAGAAGAUCAAAGCAGAAGAGGCAGAACAUCAGAGAAAAAUGGAUGAGGAACAGAAGAAGCGAGAAGAAGAGGAACGACUGGCCCGCGAAGAAAAGGCUGCUGAGGAAAAGGCCGAGAGAGAAAAGAGAGAGGCAGAAGAGCGGCAGGAGCACGAACGGGCCGCCCGAGACCGCAUGACUGUAUCCGGGACGUCUGGUACUGAUGAACAACAGCAGGUUCACAAUGUCGAGGGAGCGAUGGAGGGAAUUGAAGCAACUGAAGCUGAGAAUGUCGUAACCACGUCGACAUCUGCUGCUGCUGACCAACCACGGGUUAUGACAACCAUCAGAGGCGAAGAGGUUGACGUAACCGAGCUGGGCAUCGAUCCUGAGUAUCUUGCAGCUUUGCCUGAGGAGUUCAGAGAAGAGGUCAUUGCGCACACAGUGAGUGAGAGACGGUCUCAAGCGCGCGAGGAAGCUACUGCUGGAGAGUCGACCGAGGUAUUCCAGGAAUUUCUUGAUGCCCUUCCGGAAGAACUACGCAUGGAGAUAGCUCAGCAAGAACGACAAGAAGAGCGCCGAAGGCACCGUGAGGAGAGUCGUCGCCAAGCUGCUGCUUCUUCCGGACAACCGCCAGCAGUUGAGAUGGACGCUGCAAGCAUUUUGCUGACCUUUCCUCCUGCCCUCCGUGAGCAAGUAUUGAUGGACCAAGGCGAAGACAUCAUGGACCAGCUCACACCAGAGAUGGCCGCUCAGGCACGAGCCCUAAGCCAACAACACCCACCAGCGCCUCAACUUCAAGGCAUACGAUCCGUCGCUGUACCAGGACGAGGGCCGCCACCUGAUGAUGGUGCUGACCGCGCCGAAAAAAAUCAACGGCGCACUGUGGUCCAGAUGCUGGACAAGUCUGGGGUUGCAACGUUGGUGCGAUUGAUGUUCAUCGCGCACCAAGGCUCGAUUCGAGGGUAUCUGUUCGCCGUGUUUGCUGACGUAUGCGAAAACCGCCAAAAUCGACUCGAGGUCGUUAGCACCAUUCUUCAGAUUCUCCAGGAAGGAAGUAUGGAUGUAAGCGCGGUAGAGCGCAGCUUUGGGCAGCUCUCGAUCAAGGCUCGAAAACACAAGGAGCGCGACAAUGAGCCCAAAACACCGCAAAGCCUUAAGAAGACUUUGACGAAUCCCGGACCGAUGAGUGCGAUUGCUCAACCUGGCAACUCGGAAACUUCUCCCUUGCUGAUCGUCCAGCAGUGUCUGGAUCUUUUGGUCGAUCUUUGCGCAAGAAGCCAUCACAUUCCUUGGCUGUUUUUGACGGAACACGAGGUUGUGGGGUCUACACUCAAGAGGGCACUGAGCCGAAAGGGCAAUAUUAAGGAUUCAAAGUCUCAUAAAUACGCCAUCAAUUCUCUCUUGACGUUGCUGGACCGGGAGGUGGUUACGGAGAGUUCUGUUGCCAUGACACACCUUGCUGAUCUCCUCAACCGCGUUACACUGCCCUUGCUGAACCUGGAACGCAAACGGAAGGAUCUGCAGGGUGGAGAGGUCGAUAAGCCCGCGUCUACCGCGGCCGAUGAGGAGCGGCAAGGGGCUACCGUCGAGCAAGCUGACGCUGCUGGUACAGCGACAGGAAACACUGCGGAACAGGUACUGGCACCGGAGCGCACAGGUGCUGAAGGCAGGGAGCCUCCCAGGGUUACCAAACACGCUGGAACCAAAGGGCCCAAGCAACUGCAACCGCCCGUCAUUCCGGCACAUAACCUCACGUUGGUUGUCAAAAUCUUUGUUGCCAGGGAAUGCAGCUCCAAGACAUUCCAGAACACCAUCUCAACCAUCAAAAACCUGUCCGCUAUUCCCGGGGCCAAAGCUGUAUUCGGACAAGAACUCGUGAACCAGGCUCGACUUCUCAGCGAGAACAUUGUUACAGACCUGGAUGAGCUUUUGCCGCAUAUUGAGCAAGCAACCUCUGGAACCGAGAUUCAAGGAGUCGCGCUCUUGAAGUUUUCACCAGGGGCUUCGGAACAAAACAAGCUUCUUAGAGUUUUGACUGCUUUGGAUCACCUGUUUGACGGGCGCAAAAAGGGUGGCAAGGGGGAAGAUGAAUCGCUCAAAGAAAAUGACAAGCAGCAUCUUGUCACGUCUCUUUACCACAAUUCCACGUUUUCCGCCAUGUGGGAGAAGCUGAGUGCGUGCCUGAAAGCCAUUCGUGAGCGGGAGAACAUGCUCAAUGUUGCCACCAUUCUGCUCCCCCUGAUUGAAGCACUCAUGGUGGUGUGCAAGAAUACCACGGCAAGCGACGACAUGGUGCAGAGCCAAACGAUCAAGGACAUGACCCAUUCCAGCCCGCCUCCGGAAGCUCGCACAGCCAGCCUAUUCUUCACGUUUACAGAAGAUCACCGCCGGAUACUUAACGAGCUGGUGCGGCACAAUCCUAAGCUGAUGUCUGGAACAUUCGCUCUCUUGGUUAAGAAUCCAAAGGUCCUGGAGUUUGAUAACAAGCGCAAUUACUUCAGCCGCAGCGUCCAUACUCGAAGCAGCCCAAACAGCCGCCCUUCGUACGCCCCUCUGCAGCUGUCGGUGCGUCGCGACCAUGUCUUCCACGACUCAUUCCGGUCGCUUUACUACAAGUCAGGCGACGAAAUGAAGUUUGGUAAGCUGAACAUUCGAUUUCAUGGCGAGGAAGGCGUCGAUGCGGGCGGGGUGACUCGCGAGUGGUUCCAGGUCCUUGCUCGGCAGAUGUUCGAUCCAAACUAUGUUCUCUUCAUUCCAGUCUCGUCCGACCGUACCACCUUUCAUCCGAACAAGCUCAGUGCAGUAAACCCAGAGCAUCUAUUGUUUUUCAAAUUCAUUGGGCGUAUAAUCGGAAAAGCGCUGUAUGAGGGCCGAUUGCUUGAUUGCUUCUUCAGUCGAGCCGUUUAUAAGCGAAUUCUGGGCAAGUCCGUGUCUGUCAAGGAUAUGGAAUCAUUCGACCCGGACUAUUACAAGUCCCUUUGCUGGAUGCUGGACAAUGACAUCACGGACAUAAUCACCGAGACGUUUUCUGUCGAAGACGACGAAUUCGGGGUGACAAAAGUCGUUGACUUGGUUCCAAGUGGACGGGAGAUGGUUGUUACUGAAGAAAACAAGCACGACUAUGUUCGUCUGGUUGUCGAACACAAGCUGCUUGCGUCGGUCAAGGAUCAGAUGGAAAGCUUCUUGAAGGGCUUUCAUGAGAUUAUACCGUCGGACUUGAUCUCCAUAUUCAACGAACAGGAACUUGAACUCCUCAUUUCCGGUCUCCCCGACAUUGACAUUGAUGAUUGGAAGAGCAACACAGAGUACCAGAACUACUCGCCCUCAUCCCAGCAAAUGCAAUGGUUCUGGAGGGCAGUCAGGUCUUUUGACAAGGAAGAGCGAGCAAAACUGCUCCAGUUCGUCACGGGUACCAGCAAAGUUCCUCUCAACGGUUUCAAGGAACUGGAAGGAAUGAACGGCGUAAGCCGUUUCAAUAUUCAUCGGGAUUACGGUGAUAAGGAUCGGUUGCCGUCUUCACACACCUGCUUCAAUCAACUCGACAUUCCCGAAUACGAAAGCUAUGACAUGUUGCGGGCUCAACUCCACAAAGCCAUAACACAGGGCAGCGAGUAUUUCGGGUUCGCAUAG